AUGAUCUUUCGGGGGAAUAGCGUCUUUCAUUUCGGUAAGGGCGUCGUCCAGCUGGGUAUCUAUGAGCGCGAAAUUCCAGGAAGCAAAUUGGAUUUGCAUACAAUGAUCGUCGAACUUAUCGUGAACCCACUCGCUGCGAAAGAAUUAGUGUUGUACUCACCAAAUGUGAGAGAUUGGAAACGUACGAGUCUAUGUUUCUACUUUCAUCUCGAGUCGACUGUGCGAAGAGAGGAGGCCCGGGUUAGCUGAUAUGUUCAAUAUAGGUACUUUCCUAGACCAGUCUGGAAGGUCAUCGAGUACGGUGGAGUCGACUGCGACGAGGUCCGAGGAAGUUUUGGAGAGGAGUUAUGUGUGGGAGGAGGGAGGAGAAGGUGUAUCAACCUAGACAAGGCAGAAGAUUAG